GACAAGCCCAAAGGUUUCGGACAAAUUGGCAUCCUAUCCAAGCUUUUUAGGUUACUAUAGUAUAACACAGGUCUUCUACUCUUCUCCUUCUCUCUCUCUAAGCUUCUCUUUCUUUUCGUCCCUCUACGCAGCCACUAGAUUCCCCUCGGUUAGAACAAUCAGGACAUGGCUGACACCGGUGACAAGAAGCCUAAUGCCAAUGCCAAGGUGAAAGUCAAGCACGGAGGUGGUGGUGGGAAGAAGAAGGAGGUGAAGAAAGAAACCGGCCUCGGUUUGACCAAGAAGAAGGAUGAGAAUUUCGGGGAUUGGUAUUCGGAGGUUGUUGUUUUCGGUGAGAUGAUUGAAUACUAUGACAUAUCUGGUUGUUAUAUUUUGAGGCCAUGGACAAUGGCAAUAUGGGAGACCAUGCAAGCAUUUUUUGAUGCAGAAAUAAAGAAAAUGAAGAUUAAAAAUUGCUACUUUCCUUUGUUCGUCUCCCCUGCUGUUCUGGAAAAAGAGAAGGAUCAUAUAGAGGGUUUUGCUCCAGAGGUUGCUUGGGUCACAAAGUCUGGAAAAUCUGAAUUGGAAGUGCCUAUUGCUAUCCGUCCAACGAGUGAGACUGUUAUGUAUCCUUAUUACUCGAAGUGGAUUAGGGGACACCGUGACUUACCAUUGAAGUUAAAUCAGUGGUGCAAUGUAGUUCGAUGGGAGUUUAGCAAUCCCACUCCAUUUAUCAGGAGUCGGGAGUUUCUUUGGCAAGAAGGCCAUACAGCUUUUGCAACAAAGGAAGAGGCAGAUAAAGAGGUCCUUGAUAUAUUGGAACUGUACAGAAGGAUAUAUGAGGAAUACUUGGCAAUUCCAGUUGUGAAGGGAAAGAAGAGUGAGAAUGAGAAAUUUGCUGGUGGUCUUUACACCACAAGUGUGGAGGCUUUUGUUCCAAAUACUGGCCGCGGUGUACAAGGCGCCACUUCACAUUGUCUGGGUCAAAAUUUUGCUAAAAUGUUCGACAUCACUUUUGAAAAUGAAAAGGGAGAAAAAGCAAUGAUUUGGCAAAACUCUUGGGCUUAUAGUACUCGAACGAUUGGAGUGAUGGUAAUGGUGCACGGAGAUGACAAAGGCUUGGUAUUGCCACCAAAGGUAGCAUCUAUCCAGGCUAUUGUGAUUCCAGUGCCUUUCAAGGACGCUGAUACACAAGCCAUAUUUGAUGCCUGCUUGAAAACUGUGGAGGAGUUGAGUGAAGCUGGAUUUCGUGUUGAGGCUGAUUUGAGGGACAACUACUCGCCUGGGUGGAAGUAUUCACACUGGGAAUUAAAGGGUGUUCCCCUAAGAAUUGAAAUUGGACCAAAGGAUAUGGAAAAGAAACAAGUACGCUGUGUUCGGCGUGACAAUUCUGCGAAAGUGGACAUUCCUGUGGUUGACUUGGUCAAGGAAGUGAAAGACAUGUUUGAUAAAAUUCAACAAAAUCUCUAUGAUGUUGCAAAACAAAAGCGAGAUGCUUCUAUCCAGGUUGCCAAAACAUGGGAUGAAUUCUCGGUAGCCUUGAGUGAAAAGAAAUUGAUCCUGGCUCCUUGGUGCGAUGAACAGGCGGUAGAAGAGGAUGUCAAAGCGCGAACAAAGGGUGAAAUUGGAGCAGCAAAGUCGCUAUGCUCGCCCUUUGACCAGCCCGAACUCCCUGAAGGCACACUUUGCUUUGCCUCUGGAAAGCCAGCAAAGAAGUGGACCUACUGGGGUAGGAGCUACUAAAUACACUUCUCCAAUUAUGCCGUCUAUUGGUUUUCAGACUUUUGAAAUAUGGAUGAAUUUUGAAACUCACUUCAGUAGUUAAUUUCUGUUGAUUGUAUACAAAUACACAAGCAAUAUGUUUGACAUGUAGACAUUAAGAUUUUGUUGUCUUGUUUCUGGUGAUGGGUUAUCUAGGUACCAAGUACUUUUGGUAAUGUGAUUUUGAGUCUAUAUUCA